AUGAUGCCAACUGCCCUCCCGCCCAUGGCAACGCCGCUCCGAGACGAGACGGCCGCCGUCUCGACCCUAAAGGACCCCGGUCCUCAUACGGCUUCACCCAACCACACCUCCUCUGAUCUGUCGACCUCUGCCUCUUCAACCUCUUCGGCUGGCUCGGUCUUGAACAUUGCCGCAAUUGUCUCGAGUAAUGCGCCCACCGCUUCCUCCCCGCAGAACCAUGUCGCUCCCUCCGUCAUACCCCCACCAGAAACCCCGUCCGGGACGAUAGUCAUUGUGUUUGGCGCGGGAAUGGAAAGCGUCGUCCACAUGGUCGCGGAGGUGCUCGGGAAGCCCUGGACAACGGAAACCUCGCUCGCGACGCUGGCGAGAGCCACGGACGUGGUUGUUGCCGGUGUGCUGGCGCAUGAUCUCGACCGCAGUCUGGAGGGAUGCGACAGGUCCUCGUUCAUUCUGAUCAAUACUCAUUGCGUGGAGGAUGGGUCCGCACCCGAAGAUGCGCUGACCGAAUUCUGCGACUACGAGUUCUUGUACUCGCGAACCCCCUUUUUGCGCCGCGAUCUGACGCGCUUUCUUUCUUUGAUCCUGGGUCAGACGAGGCCGCAUGAGGACUUGCGCACCAAGACGCGGACAAAUUUUAUCUCGACGACCUUCCCGGAUGUGCAUGCCGCGUUGCCGAAUUUGGAUAUCUUGUCGGUGGGAUCGGAUGCGGUUGAGAUUCGCGUGGACUUGCUGGUCGAGCCUACGGCGGAUGGCACUGCGGCGGGCUCGGUGCCCAGUCUGAAAUAUGUGGGUCAGCAAUUGAUGCUGCUGCGGCAACAUACCGAAUUGCCGAUUAUUUUCACAGCGAGAUGUACCAAGGAGAAUGGAAAAUUCCCCAUGGACGAUCCCGUAUUGUUCUACAAGUACUUGCGGCGCGCGAUUCAGUGGGGUGUUGAAUAUGUCGACGUGGAGCUGUGGUUGCCCGAAGAGAUUCGCCGGCGGUUAUCAGAAGUCAAGGGUCACAGCAUUAUCAUGUCUGCGUUCCACGAUUUCUCCGGGACGUGGAAGUGGACGGCCCCCGAGGCCCAGCGGGUUUUCGAGGAGAGUGCCAAGUACGGUGAUAUCGUCAAGAUGAUCGCCAUGGUCUCGACUAUCGAGGAAAAUUAUGAACUGGAAUACUUCCGUUCGACUAUCAAAAGUCGUGGACCGGGUCCGCUUCUCUCCGCCGUCAACAUGGGUCAAAUGGGUCAACUCUCGCGUGCCUUGAACACCGUCUUCUCCCCUAUCACCCACCCCUUGCUCCCCAUGAUCGCAGCUCCGGGCCAGUUGACCGCAGCCGAGAUCAACGAAGCCCUGCAUAUCAUGGGCCAGCUACCAAAGCGCGAUCUAUACUUCAUCGGCUCGUUCCGCGCCACUCCGCACUCCAUGUUCAUGGAGAAAUGUCUGAACGAGCUCGGCCUCCCGCAUACAUUUACUUCGAUCGACCGCGGGCCCAAGGGCUCCAUGGAGUCCAUCCUCACCCAGCCGCAAUUCGGCGGUGCCUGUCUAAAUCCACCCAUCUCCAGCUCAACCACGUACAUGCCCUCCAUCAGUGAUGCGGCCCGAGCCAUCGGCCUCGUCGAUACCAUUGCCCUGUCCGCGCCGGCCGAGACCGGCAGCGCGCGAUUCGUCGGCGAAAAUGCCGCCUGGAAGGGCAUCCGUGCCACGCUGACGCGCGAGUACGUACCCUCCGCGUACCGCGGCCGUGCGGCCAUCAUCCUUGCCGGCUCCGAGACCGACGCCUCGGCUGCGAUCUUUGCCCUGCGCAGUCUGGGCGUGGGAUCGAUUUAUACGGUCGGGUUUAAGGCGAGCGGACCGCUUGCGGCUGGAUUGGAACCGUUUACCUCGAUUCAGUCGGUUAAAUUGGUUGAGCAGCCGUUCGUGAUCGUUUCCGCGUUGCCGCCGGAAAAGUCGUUGUUGGUGCAGCCGUUGUUAAGGCAUUAUCGGACGAAUGGCCGGUCGUCGCCGCCGUCGACUCGGGGUAAGGUUUAUCUUGAUUUAACCACUGGGCCGAGGAAAGGGGAUCCCUUGGGCGUCGCGAGUAGUGCCGGGUGGACGGCGUAUGGGAGCGAGGAUGUUAGUGCUUGGACGACGGUGGAGACCUUGCGGUUGCUGGUGGGUCAGAAUGUGCCAUUUGACUUUGUGAGGAUGGCGUCUGGACGACCAUUAUUCUGA